AUGGCUUUCGAGGCGCUGGCGGAGGCGGCGGAGCGGUGGUGCGCCCGCACGCCCUUCCAGCUCAUCGCCGCCGAGGAGACGGAGCGGCGCAUGGACUUCUACGCCGAGCCCGGCGUCUCCUUCUACGUGCUCUGCCCGGAGGCCGCCUGCGGCGACAAUUUCCAUGUGUGGAGCGAAAGUGAGGACUGCUUACCUUUUCUGCAGCUUGCACAGGAUUACAUCUCCUCCUGUGGGAAAAAGACACUCCAUGAAAUAUUGGAAAAAGUCUUCAAAUCCUUCAGACCCUUACUUGGGCUUCCAGAUGUUGAUGAUGAUGCAUUUGAAGAAUAUAACGCAGAUGUGGAAGAAGAGGAACCAGAAGCCGAUCACCAACAGAUGGGUGUCAGUCAGCAGUGAUUUUCUGAGAAGCUAAAAAAUUCGGAAGCCUUUGGUACCAGGGACCAGUCAGACCUCAACACAUCAAGGAGAAAUCGUGUUGCGCCACACCAUGCAAAGGCUGUCUUUGUUGUGCUUUCCACCGUAUUUUCUGGCUGGAAGAUCUCUCUGUCUUUGGGACUACAAAGCUGUGAAAUGGGUCGCCAAAAGAUGUUGCCCUUCUGUUCAGCGCUUUAAAAGGUGUAAGCCUUCAGUGGAGCCCUGCCUUUCUUCUGAUCCUCCUUCCUCUCCCACCACCGAGGCACCAAAUCCAGCAGUGUUAUUACACCAUGAGC